AUGUCAUGUGCGGAUAGCAAAGACUACUGUAGGGAUGACUAUUUUAGAAAAAAAUGCCCUCUAACCUGUGGAUUGUGUACACCGGAUCCCAAUCAAUGCUAUGAUUUUAACACAGACUGUUCGAAAUUCGAAUUCGAAUGCAAUACAGUACCCCAGUACACACAACAGUGUCCGAAAACGUGUGGAAAUUGUGAUGACAGAACUACAGUUACAGUACCAGGGAAAACUACAGUAAUUCCAACAACUCUUGAGAGAACUACAGUACCUGCAAGGACUACAGUAAUCCCUGAUUGUGUGGACCAUUUAAUAGAAUGUCCCCAAUUUUCCAAGCCCUGCAGUGAUGGAUUAGCAAUACAAUGUCCACUCAGUUGUGGGGUUUGUAAUGGAACUACAAUAGUUCCACGGACCACAGUACCCCCAAGGACUACAGUACUCCUAAAGACUACAGUAAGGACUACAGUACCCCCACCAACUACAAAAACUACAAAAAAGCCGACUCCAACAACUCCAAAACCACCAUGCAAGGAUGCGUCGCCAAAUUGUCCAACAUGGGCGAAAAAUGGAUUCUGCACCAACACAUUCUAUCCACCGGAGAAGAGAAAAGAAUACUGUGCCAAAACUUGUAAAUAUUGCUAA